ACUCCCCAAUAAGCCGCCAGGGCAGGUCUGCUUCCCAAACUCCAAACCGUCGAGGUUUCAGGGAUGCCUUUAAAUCACCGCACGAUGCUCACCUCCCCAGAGGAGCGUGCUCGGUCAUUCCAGCGCCCAGACGGCUCGCCCUCAGGCGGGUUUGUGGUUUGGAAGCCUGACUGUGCCUGAAGAGUGACUCCCAAGUAACCAACAGAAAGGAGGGUGGACUCCGUGAGGUUCGGCUGCAGACUGCAAAGCUGGGUCCCGCGUCACUAGGUGUCAUUUUCACUGUGCCUGCACCGCCUGCUGUUAAUCAUGUUCGCAGACUCCGCAAACAGGCAGGAAGAUAACGUCCCCUGAAGCACCUGGGACAGCGACGAAUCCCACGAAGCCGUGCUCGGGUGGCUUAACCCGGGACCCUGAGGACCGAGCAAGGUCAUGCGUCCUGGCUGCGCGUUAGAACCUGCUGCCCGGGCUACCCUUCAGACUGUCUAAAUCGGCCUCUUCUGGGCGGGCUGUGAGUCUCCGGGGAGAUUCCAGUCAACAAACUGAGGACUCUGACGCGCCAUUGGGGUCCGCCACCGGCAACCGGCAGCCGGCGCACCUCCCUCCUGGGGAACUGAAUGGGGGCCCCCGCGCCUCCCGGCGGCCAUCCUCAAGUGACCCAGGGCCAGCUCACAAACGCGCAGAGGGUGCGGCUGAACCCCGGCCCGGCCUCUCUGGGUCUGGGCUGUGGGAGCCAGGGCCCGAGGCAGUGUCUGGGCAGGGCAGCCGCCUCAGCCAUUGCUGCCAUCGCCCGACCCUCUGCCACGCGCGCCCCCUGCCGACCCAGCGAAGGAGCCCCAGGUUCAAAGAAAAAGAUCUGAAAAUUAUAGUUAUAAUCUUGAAUUGGUACAAAACAUACCAGCAAUAAGAUGUCUGAAGAGGAGGACACUUCAGCAGAAGUAGAAGAUAUCUUUAAUCCAUCAAGGCAGUCAGCUGAGGAGCCUCAAUUUAUUAACAAAACAUCAGAUGAGUUAAAUGAAGCCUCUUACUACUGGAAACCUUUCAACCAGAUUUAUGAAACAUAUCCUAUAGAAAAUACAUUACAGUCAGGUUCUUCCUCUGAAAGCAAGACUAACAGAAAUGAAGAACAAAAAAAUUUGGAAUUUUCUCAAACAAGAAUUAGUGAUGCCGGCCUACUGUCAAAACCAGCACCUUCACAAAGUUCAUCACAACCCGUAACUGAGACAAUUUCCGACUAUCAGGUUUUUGUUCACUUCCAAUCUCGUGAAAAAGCAGAAAAAAUUAGUUCACAAAUCCCUGAAGAAAAUCAGUCAUCUGACCUUAAGUCAGAUGACUUUACGCUUAACCUUGAGGCCAAGGGUUUACAAGAAUUCCCUAAGAACAUUUUAAAAAUCAAAUAUGUAAAAUAUCUGUACUUAGACAAAAACCAAAUAAAAACUUUUCAAGUGGCAGGCUCAGGUGACAUGCUAGGCCUUGAAAUUCUGUCCAUGCAAGAAAAUGCGUUGUCAUCACUCCCACCUGAAAUUCAGCUACUUUAUAAUUUAAGAAUAUUAAACGUCAGUCAUAAUCAAAUAUCACAAAUACCUAAAGAAAUUUCACAACUUGGGAAUUUAAGGCAACUCCUUUUAAAUAACAAUUACAUUGAUAAUUUUCCUUCUUCUGGUUUAGAAAAUCUUAAAAACUUAGAAAUUUUAAAUUUGGGUAAAAAUAAGUUAAGACAUAUACCAGACACUCUGCCUAGUUUGCAAAACAUGAGGGUGCUCAAUCUGGAAUAUAAUAAAUUAACAAUAUUUCCUAAAGCUCUAUGUUUUCUUCCAAAAUUAAUUUCACUAAAUCUUACUGGAAACCUAAUAGGCAGUUUGCCAAAAGAAAUUAGGGAACUUAAAAAUUUAGAAAAACUUUUAUUAGCUCACAAUAAACUUACCUUUUUGGCAGUGGAAAUUUUUCAAUUACGCAAAAUAAAAGAACUCCAACUGGCUGACAAUAAAUUGGAAGAUAUUUCACACAAAAUUGAGAACUUCAGGGAACUGAGGAUUCUUGUACUUGAUAACAAUUUACUGAAAAAUGUGCCAGAGGAAAUUUCCUGCUGUGUGUUGUUGGAAUGCCUUAGUCUUAAUGAUAAUCAAUUAACAGAACUUCCUAAGAACAUCCAUAAGCUUAAAUAUUUAAAAAUACUCCAUGUAAACAGAAAUAAUAUAGUAAAAAUAACUGAAGGUAUCUUUCAUCUUAAUAAUUUACAUAGCCUGGAAUUUUCAAGAAAUAUAAUCACACAUGUUCCCAUUGAAGUAAAAAACUGUAAAAAAAUUACUAAGGUUGAAUUGAGUUAUAACAAAAUAACAUAUUUUCCAGCAGGACUCUGUGCACUGGAGUUACUUUAUUAUUUGAGUUGUAAUGGAAAUUCUAUUUCAGAAAUACCCAUGGAUAUAUCUUUCAGUAAACAACUGCGUCAUUUGGAAUUUAAUGAAAACAAACUCCUCACAUUUUCUGAGUACUUAUGUUCUCUUAUUAAUCUCAAUUACCUGGAUCUUGGUAAAAACCAAAUAGGGAAAAUUCCAUCAUCUAUUUCCAAUAUGGUAUCACUCCACAUACUUAUUUUAUGCUCUAAUACCUUUGAAACUUUCCCCAGAGAACUGUGUACUUUAAAAAAUUUGGAAGUACUUGAUCUUUCAGAAAACCAUUUACAGACAAUACCUUCAGAGAUAUGUAAUUUAAAAAGAAUCCAGAAAUUAAACUUCUCAAGCAAUCAGUUUGUAUAUUUUCCUAUCGAAUUGUGCCAACUUCAAUCACUGGAAGAGCUAAAUAUAAGUCAGAUCAAUGGGAAAAAGUUAACAAGACUUCCAGAUGAACUGUCUAAUAUAACUCAACUUAAAAAACUUGAUAUAUCAAAUAAUGCGAUCAGCGAGAUUCCAAAAAGUAUAGGGGAAUUGAGAAGUCUGGUUACUUUAUACGCUAACAACAAUCAAAUAAGUUCUCUUCCACCAUCUUUUUUAUCGUUAAAAGAUCUCAAGCAACUAAAUAUGAAAGGAAAUAAUCUGACAGAUCUGCCCAGUGCCAUUUGUAGUCUUCUUUCCCUGGAGGAGAUAAAUUUUGAUGACAAUCCUUUGAUGAGACCUCCCAUGGAAAUCUGUAAAGGGAAACAAUUGCAUACUAUUGCAAGCUAUCUACAGAGGGCAGAUGAAAGAGAUGAGAAAAUCUUAGAGAAGACAUUCAAGAUAGUUGCCAACAAUAUUACUGAAACAAAUUUUGAAUUUUUGUGUCAAAAACUAAACCUGGUAAAAUCAGAAAAUAAUAUUCCUACAAAGAGCCUCAUUCCAUUAAAUGAAAGAGCCUACCAAGCAUUUGUGAAAUGGAAAACAGAAAAUAACUUAUCGCUAACUACUGCUGCUUUAAGAGACCAACUAGUUCGGGGACUAAAUAUGAUAGGAGCAUAUGACAUUAUGGACAAAAUAACAGCUUUAAAUCUUUUUACAUGUGCAAUUAAAUUCUAAUCAGUGGACCUAUAAUAAAAGUUGAAAAUUGGA